AUGCUACACAAUAUAUAUUUUAACACCCACCUCGCUCCCACCUCGCUGCCACCUGCCCACCUCGCUGCCACCUGCCCACCUCGCUGCCACCUGCCCACCUCGCUGCCACCUGCCCACCUCGCUGUCACCUCCCCACCUCGCUGCCACCUCCCCACCUCGCUGCCACCUCCCCACCUCGCUGUCACCUGCCCACCUCGCUGCCACCUGCCCACCUCGCUGCCACCUGCCCACCUCGCUGUCACCUGCCCAUCUCGCUGCCACCUGCCCACCUCGCUGCCACCUGCCCACCUCGCUGUCACCUGCCCACCUCGCUGUCACCUGCCCACCUCGAUGCCACCUCCCCACCUCGCUGUCACCUCCCCACCUCGCUGCCACCUGCCCACCUCGCUGUCACCUCCCCACCUCGCUGCCACCUGCCCACCUCGCUGCCACCUGCCCACCUCGCUGCCACCUCCCCACCUCGCUGCCACCUCCCCACCUCGCUGCCACCUCCCCACCUCGCUGCCACCUCCCCACCUCGCUGCCACCUGCCCACCUCGCUGCCACCUCCCCACCUCGCUGCCACCUCCCCACCUCGCUGCCACCUCCCCACCUCGCUGCCACCUCCCCACCUCGCUGCCACCUGCCCACCUCGCUGCCACCUGCCCACCUCGCUGCCACCUCCCCACCUCGCUGCCACCUCCCCACCUCGCUGCCACCUCCCCACCACGCUGCCACCUCCCCACCUCGCUGCCACCUGCCCACCUCGCUGCCACCUCCCCACCUCGCUGCCACCUCCCCACCUCGCUGCCACCUCCCCACCUCGCUGCCACCUCCCCACCUCGCUGCCACCUCCCCACCUCGCUGCCACCUCCCCACCUCGCUGCCACCUGCCCACCUCGCUGCCACCACCCCACCUCGCUGCCACCUCCCCACCUCGCUGCCACCUCCCCACCUCGCUGCCACCUCCCCACCUCGCUGCCACCUCCCCACCUCGCUGUCACCUCCCCACACUGCCAUGUCCACCGCGCUGCUCUCUCGUUCCCGGCAACCUGUCCUGCUUUCGCGCCUUUUGUUCCGCCAGUCAGCGCUGCUUCUCCUUGCAUCUCUCCCGCUCGCCUCAUUGCCCAAACCUCCUCCCCCCUUCCUCGCCUCCCUGCCUGUGUCUCGUUCCCCACCCAAGCUCACCCGGCGCCCCCCCGUGCGUCUUCAAUCCCCGUCCCCCCGUCCUUCCCCCCUCAGGACAUGGACGGGUUGCUGCAGGAGGCGAGGGGCGUGGCGGUGCGGCUGCCAGCGGUGGCGCAGCUGCAGGCCCGGCGGGACGACGCACGGCGCUGGGGAGAGAGGGCACGCGCACUGCUGGCGGCACUGGGGGGCAAGGAUGGGGGGAGGGGCAAGCAGGCACACAAACAGGGAAAAAAAGAAGGGCAGGGGCAAGAGGAGGGGCAGGGGCAUGCAGGAGCAGCUAGUGUGGCAAGCAGCAAGUGUGGCCCGGGCAGCCCUCCCCCCUCCAGACUCUCUCCCCCUUCUGCUCCCCCCACCACACCUGCUCCUGCCACCCCCCUGCCUGUCACUCGCACCACCGCUGCUGCUGCUCCCUCUCCAGCAACCCCUCCUCCCACCGUUGCUGCCUGCACUCCCUCUUCCCACCACCCUGCAUCCAUCCCCACUCCGUCUGCCACAGCCCCUGCUGCGCUCACAGCUUCUGCCACUGACGCCACCCCUCUUGCUGCCCCUUGCCCUGCCGCUGUCCAAGCUACUCUGCUUCUCCCGUCGCCUUCCGCCGCUGUCCCACUUGCCACUGUCACACCCGCCACUGUCACACCCGCCACUGUCACACCCGCCACUGUCACACCCGCGUCGGGCAGGCAGAGCGGGUGGAAGGAGGAGCUGGCAGCGCUGGUGGAGGCCGGCACGCGCAUGCACGUCACUCUGGGCGAGAUGGAGCAGGUGCAGCAGCAGCUGCAGCGCAUGCAGUGGGAGGAGGCGGCGGAGGGGGCGCUCAUGCGCCGUGCAUCAGUGGACGAGCUGCUGGCGCUGCAGGCGCAGGGGGAGCGGCUGCCCACGGGCAGUGCAGUGGUGGCGCGCGUGCACGCGGUGGUGGCGGCAGGCAGCGACUGGCAGGCCAGGGCGCAGAGGGCGCUGCAGGAGGGGUGCAGCCUGGAGGAGGGCGAGGCGAUGAGCAGGGAGGCGGAGGCCAUCCCAGCAUCGCUGGCAGGCCAUGCUCACCUGAUGUCAGUGCUGGCGUCAGCAAGGGCAGCAGCAGCUCGAGGCGACCAGCUGCUGCUGGCUGCCUUGACUGCAGAGGUCGUUGCGCUGCCCGUGCGUCCACCGCACGCACCACAGCUCGCCUCGCUGCUCUCUUCUCUCGCCGCCUGGCAAUCCGCCACCUCACACGCCCUCCACACCGCCACCACCUUUCUCUCACCACCCACCACAGUCACACCGACCACAGCAGCUGCAGCACAGAGCACCCAAGCCAGCCCGGCUGCAGUGCCCAUCGCCGCCGAGUCAGGCGCCACACCCCUUGCAUCAGCACCAGCUGCGCCUGCAGGCAAGCCCCCCCCGGAGCUACUGGUGCCGGCAGCAGCAGCGAGCGCCAGUGCGGCUGAGCUGUCGUCGCUGCUCACCCAGGGGGCAGCACUGGGCGUGGCGGUGCCCGAGCUGCCGGCUGUGCGCGCGGUGGUGCAGCGCCUGCACUGGGAGGUCGCCGCCCAUGCCCUGCUGUCUGGCACUGCAGAUACUGCGGUGCAGAGUGGUGGUGUGGCGCAGGACAGUGCGGUGCAGGGUGGUGGUGAGAGGCGAGGCAAGCCCAGCGUGGAGGAGGUGGAGGCACUGGUGGCGGCUUACCCACUCACUGAUGCGCUCGCCCACCCUCCACCCCACCCAACGCCAUCAGCACCACCACUACCAUCAGCAGCUCCAUCCGAGGGCCUUGCUCAGCCUGCUGCAUCCGCCCCCUCUCCGCCCCCCUCGGCGCGCCUCUCCCUGCUGCACUCAGCCCUGGCGGACGCACGGCAGUGGGUGCAGGCGGCCAAUGAGAUGCUGACACGUGGCCCUGCCAGCUGUGAGGUGCAGGAGGUGGAGGCGAUGGUGGCACGUGGCAUGGCCUUGCAGGUGUGUGUGCACGACAAGUGCCACCAGCUCAGCACCGUCAUCGCCUCCCACAGGGAGUGGGUCAGCGAGGUGCAGCAACUGCUCGCCCCACGCCUCCCUGCGCCCACCUCACCACCUCCGCUGCUGCCCCGUGCACCUGCCACAACACUUGCGCACCUCAAGGGCCUCCAGGUGCGCGGCAGCAGCAGCGUGGUGGCGAGCGGGGAGGCCCGGCAGGUGCAGCAGGCAGUGGCAGCGCUGGACGACUGGCUCGUUGCCUGCUGUGCUGCCCUCCGGGGGGGCUCAGGGGACGAGGGGGCGAGAGGAGGAGGCGAGGGGGCACAAGGGGAGGGGAGUGUGGCACCAGGGGAGGGUAAGGGGCUGCACGGGGAGGGCAAGGGGCGGGUGUGUGAGGAGGAGGUGGUGCGGAAGCUGAAGCACAUGCACAGCAGCGUGCAAGCAGCUCUUCAUCGCAUCUCCUCCCUGGCCCGCCGCACCGCUGCCCUCUCACACCUCACUGCUCUGCCGGCUCAACCCUUCUCUGCGUCAGCCAAUGCUCCUCAUCCCGCAGUGCUGGCAGGCAGUGCAGUAGGUGCCACCGCAGAUGCCGUGGCUGCCGCCGCAUCUCCCGCAGCCACGGCCCCCACAGCCACAGCACCAGCUCAUGCGCCGGCACCAGGUGUGGCACCGGCAGUAGCAGCAGCAGUGCGAGGGGCGCCAGAGGCAUCAGAGGCACCUGUACCUGCUCCGCCUGGUGCUGCUGCGGCGGCGGUUGCUGGAAGCGUCUCUUCGUCCGACACCGUUUGCUGGUGUGCGGUGCUGCACCACGCCCACCCUGCAUGUGCUGCUUCUGCUGGUUUCUCUGGCGGCAGCGACGGGCAGGCAGUGGUUGGCGGGCAGGCGGGAGGAGGCGGUGGGGAUGUCCGGGUUCGGGGAAAGCGCAGCGGUGGGAGGAGAGCCGCUGCUGUUGUGUGCGGUGCUGUUGGGCGAGAGAGUGGUGCAGGCGGCGCAGGGAUGUCAUGGGAGAAGAGGGAAGAGAAGGCAGGAGAAGCAAGAGGCGAUAGGGAAGGGAAUAUGGGAGCAGUGCGUUUGGAGAAGGGUGAAGCAAAGGAGGAGGAGCAGAACCUGCUGCAAUUCCCAUUCCCUCCAUUGUGUGUGCCUUCCCUCCGACCGCCUCCCCUUGCCUGCCUCACUCUACACCCUCACAGAUUCCACGCCGACUGUCUCUCAUACUUGCAUGCUGCCGCCCCCUCCGCCGCUCAAGACGAGCAGCAGCAGGAGAAGGCGCAAGAGCAGAAGCGAGAGGCAGCAGGGCAGCAGCAGGCAAGGGCAGAGCAGGGUGGGGGGGCGGGUGGUGGGGUAGUUCCACCAGGUACAGACAGAGACAGCCACCCACAGCCGCAGCAGCGGCAACGGCACGACCAGAGCACUGAGAAACAGCAGUCGUUGCCGCCGCAGCAGCAGCAGCAGCAGCAGCAGCAGCAGGGUCCCUUCACAUGCCCGUUCUGCUCCUCCCUCGCCUCAGCAGCCGUCACACCUGCCGUCUCAGCAUUGUUCCAUGUACGUCCUGCCGCCCCACUGCUCCUGCUAAAAUGCCAUACCACCACAGGAGCACGCUUGCACGUCCCUCUUCCACUUGCACGUCCCUCUUCCACCUGCACGUCCCUCUUCCACCUGCACGUCCCUCUUCCACCUGCACAUGCAUCCGCCUCACUUGCCACCAGCAGCGCGACCUCGUCGCCUGCCCCGCGUGUCGCUGCGGUGCUUGGUGGGCCUGCUCUCUCGCGCUCUCCCUCUCCACCCCAGGAUCGCAGCCGUGCACAGCUUGGAGCAACUCGUCCAAUCAGCAACGCGUUGCUCUCACUUGCUGACAUCAGCGCUCUCCACCACCCUGUCCUUGCCACGUCAUGCCGAACCCCUGCCUCCCUCCAUACUCAGCUGUCUGCUUCAGGUGAUUUUUCAGCAUUGUUUCAGGUUAUGGCUGACCCUUUGUCUCAAGUGGCCUCCUGUCUUCCACUCGACAUGCCACUUGCCUCUCCGCCAUCGCUCUCCUCCACUGCCCCUGCUGCCACACCAGCGGCACCAGAUUCAAUAGCAGCGCAGGCAGCAGAGCCUCUUGCCUCGUGGCUGCUGCACGUGAAUGCAGUUCUCUCACCGCCCACACGCCAGCAGCAGCAGCAGCAUCUGGUGCAAGGGGAUCACACGAAGCAUGUCACCGGCACUGCAGCUGCUGCCGCGGCAGCGACUGUGGGAGUGGUGGCUGGAGGGCAACAGGAGGUGCAGCAGUCGGCAGGGCAGAGCGCCAAGGAUGGUGGAGGAGGGCCAACAGUGCCGACAGGGCCAGCGGCAGCGGCGGUGUCGGAGGCAGGGACAGGCUGCUCUGUUGAGGCGGGCGGCACGCUGGCGGUGAUGCAGAGGGCAGUGGCCGCCCACUGCUGGAGGGCUGCCACGUGUAGCGCUCUCAUUGGCCGUCCACGGCCCCGACCUUCCACCCUGGCACAGCUGGUGCAGACGAGUCUUUUUCUGUCCCACCUUCUUCCAUCUCUCAAUCCUCCUCCUUCACCCCUCCCCUCCCCUGUCUGUCCUCCAGGGCUCGCACACAGUAGGCACAACAACGUUCUCGGGGAAGCCAAACAGCGACACGAGGCAGCUUCUGAGUGGCUGUCUUGCUUCAGCAAGGCACUCUCAUCUCAGUCACAGCUGUCAGAGCGCCAGGCCGCCCAGCGUCUGUCACAUCUGCGUGCGCUCAUCAGCCACGCCUCUGCCCUGCCUGUGGACCUGCGCCCAGAGAUCAAGGUGAGCAGCGAACCUGCUGCUGUCGUCAUGGAGAAUGCUGAUCAAACCCUGCGCCGCGCUGUGGCCCGCCUGGCAUCGCGCCUCAAGGCUGAUACCGCUGCAACUACUCCUCCUGCCACUCAAUCGCCUCCUCCCACCGCACCACCCACUGCAUCGCUGCUCACCGCACCCUCUCCCGCACGCACAGCGACGCCUCUGGCUGUAGCAAAAACUGUAGCGCCGUCAGGCAAAGCAGCUGCGACAGCACGUGGGGGAAUCGGCACCGCAGGUGCUGCCUCGGAACUGAAGGCGUCCGGGCUGAAAGGCUCUCGCAGUGCCAAGCGGAAGCUGGCAGCAGGCGGGGAAGGCAAGGCAGUGCGUGUGGCUGGCGCUGGUGCCACGGCCGCAGCCACCAAGGGCAAGAGGAGCCCUCGCGCCCUGCACGCAGCGGCCCUGCAAGGAGGCAGCUGCAUGGCCGUGCCUGCUUGUGCUACAACCUGCCCCCGUGGCCCGACUGUAACAUACGAGCCUGCCCCCGCCUCCUGCAUCGCCUCACCGCUUCUGCCUGCCUGCUCCUCCCUUCCUCAACCCACCAAUCCAUCCCGCAUGGCCUCUCGCCCUCUCUCCCCUUCACUCCCUGCCCCCCCGGCCACCUCCCCUGCUGCUGCUCCUCUGCCUGCACCGCUGGCAUCGCCAGCUGCCUGCCCGCCUGCCCCAGGGGGUGAGGCAGGGGCAGGCGUGAGAGUGAGUGGGAAGAGGAGCAG